GAGCAGGUUGCGCAUGCGCACUGGCCCCGGCAGGUCGGCCGCCCGGCCCCGGGGAGAGCAGUGGCGGCGGCUUCAUGGGAGGAUGAAGGAGAUGGUUGGAGGUUGUUGCGUGUGCUCGGAUGAGAGGGGCUGGGCCGAGAACCCACUGGUCUAUUGUGACGGCCACGGCUGCAGUGUGGCGGUGCACCAAGCGUGCUAUGGGAUUGUACAGGUGCCCACAGGACCAUGGUUCUGUCGGAAGUGCGAGUCACAGGAGAGAGCCGCCAGGGUGAGAUGUGAUCUUUGCCCACAUAAAGAAGGGGCGCUGAAGAGGACUGACAAUGGAGGUUGGGCACAUGUGGUCUGUGCGUUAUACAUCCCUGAGGUGCAGUUUGCAAAUGUGCUGACAAUGGAGCCUAUAGUCCUGCAGUAUGUGCCACACGAUCGCUUCAACAAGACUUGCUAUAUAUGUGAAGACCAGGGACGAGAAAGCAGAGCUGCAUCCGGGGCCUGUAUGACCUGUAACAGACAUGGUUGUCGACAGGCGUUCCAUGUGACGUGUGCUCAGAUGGCUGGUUUGUUAUGUGAGGAGGAGGCCCAGGAAGUGGACAAUGUCAAGUAUAUUGGAUACUGCAAAUACCACUAUAACAAGAUGGUGAGAGAUCCACAGAAAGUCUCCCGUCUCCCUUGCCCUUUCAUCCCAGGACGGUGUAGCCGGUCAGGUUCGCCUUCUAUAGAGAAGCCUCUUCUGUACCGAGAACGACAGAAAAAGAGUCACAAGGACAGGGAGAGAGUUCGCCAUCGGAAGCAUCGCGAUUCACCAGGUCACAUAACUGUCCCUCCUUUGUUACCCAUCGUUACAGAAAAGCUGGAAAGCAGUACAGACAGUCCGGAGAUUACGAGGUCAGAGAAGGGAAAAAAACUAUUGGGUCACAGAGCUCGAAAGACAGGAAUUGGCAAAGCGCCAGGAGCUGGCAGUGCGUCCUCUACGGGUAGUGCUUCCUCUCCUCCUGAAUUGGUCACAUUUCCCAAAUUGGAAGAGCAGGAGGAAGAAGAAGAGGAUGAGGAAGAAGAGGACGUGGGAAGGUCGAGACCCACACCAUCUUCUCCUCCAGAACUCACCUUUUCCAGCUUUGGUUCCAUUAUGCGCUUUUCAAGUGACUUAUCAACUCACACCCGACCAUGGGAUACCUCUCCUGGUGAGCAUAAACCACAGAAAUGGAGCAGAGAAAGUAGUGAGCCGCCACGAGAGAAAAAACAUAAAGGGAGCAGGAAAAGCAGACAUGGUCCUGGGAGACCUCGUGGGAGCAAGAACAACCCAACUCACAGUGUCGCCUCCUCCACUUUACCCCUGCCGCUACGGCAGUAUACUCAGUCAUCUUCCCUGCAUGGUGUCAGCAUGGAUUCACCCCUGAUGUCAUCAGGAAUCUACACCAGUAAUAAGGACCCCAUCACUGUGAGGACAGCCUGCAGUACCCCCCUCCCCUCCAGCCUUUUAUCCCACCAGAGCUCCCUUACUCCAUACAGCAGAGGCUGCUCCAUCGCCCCAUCCUCCACGGCUUCUACCACACAGAUGGGUAAUACCCCCUGCCACACUACAAAAAUUGUUCAGAAAUGGUUUGAGGUAUUCUCACUGGCGGGCUCCACAUUUAGUAUCCCAUCAUCGCAUAUAUUUGGAAGCCCAGUGUCAAUGCCCCCUCUCCUCAGCCAGGCUGAAACCAAUAGGACAGAGCCUGAAUUGGAAGACUGCAGUUUUAUAUGUAGAGGUAGUUCUCCACGAGAGAGUUUGUCCUCCAUGUCACCAAUCAGUAGCCUGCCUCCAUUGUAUGAUCCAAGUGGCCCCUCUACACAGAGUGAUAAUGUACCACAGCUCACAGCCAACCUUGAACAGUUGCUGGAGAAACAUGGAGAGGCAGGGGUUAACAUUGUGGACAUGCUCCAGGCAUUGCACUCUCUGCAGAAAGAGAACCGCUCACUACAGGAUCAGAUCUCGACUCUGACAGCUCGGAAGGAGAAGCUACAGCUACUUAAUGUCCAGCUUGCUUGCCCCUUUCCCCCGACAUUACCAGCAAUUAAUGUCCCCCAUGACAUCUCUCAAGACUCUGUGAGCAAUAAGAGUCCUUCUAAGAGCAGCAUUCGUACUGAAAACUCGCCUUCUGAGGACCCGCAUUCCGGCUGCCCCAGCAGAAGCAGCUCCUGUCUGUCCUUGCACAGCACUCCACCCCCAGGUCCCCUCUCUCAGACAGCUUCAUCACUUUCCGCCAUGGGAGCAGAGCAACUCAUGAAUGGGCUGGUACGAAGCACAGGUCCUGGAGCCCCUUCUGCACUGGCAACCAUUCCACUUCUUGGAGCUCUUUCAGGAAAUCCUGGAGCACUUAGCAGCCUUCUAGGAAGUAUAACGGGAGGCCUACAGACAACAUCCGGACAGACUCUUGGCAGUGGAUCUGCCAGUAGCCACAUACCAGCUAGUUUCUCACCACUGAAUACACUGACAGAACAACAAAGGCAGCUAGCACAGCAGCUCACUUCUGCUCAUCUCACUGUGGAACAGCAAAACGUUCUUUAUCAACUUGUUCAACAACUACAACAACGAUGGGAUUUGCAGCAUCUGAUAACACCACCAGCAGCCCCUUCUCUUCUUCCUGUGACAUCAACAUGUAGCACCAUGGCAUCAUCACCUGCCCCACCCGUUCUCACUGCCCAAGCCCCCCCCUACCUUGGGUCACAAGGCGGAGGGGGGCUACAGAAGUCAGGAAGAGGAGGUGAAAAGACGCCCACAAACCACGACAAGGGAUGAACCAGACUCUCAGCAUCCACCACAUCUGAACAUUUUCUACCCAGCUGAGGAGGAGUAGACUGGAGGAUUGGAGAGGAUACCCAGAUCUUCUGGGGAGAAGAGCACAUGUCUGCAGAGCAACGUCAAAAUUUACCGGCCUGCAGAAGAGGUCAUAGUAUGUAGAAUAACUGGAAAUAUCUGGUCCAGACACCUACAGAAAAUCUGUAGCUUACCUGUGUUUCAUGCAGAGUGAUGUGUCAUUUCCAUGUAAUGGUCUGUUAUUGCAGAGCACCCUCUUGAUUUGUGUGUCAUGCAGACUACUCUGCUUUUCGGUAGACGUACACAGUACAGUGUGUAUACAUUUCUAAAUAUUACAUGUACCAGUGGCCUCUCCUAUUACAUUUACAGUGGGGGUCACUGCCCCCUCUCCUUUCUGCUUAUUCUUCUCAUAAUUGGAAGUAGAACUUUGUGCACUCAGCCCCUUAAAAUCCCAUGUCUAUUUCCGUUCACCGGCGCUAGGGGCGAAGCCUGAAGCACCUUGUGAUACAAAGUAUCAGUCCACGUGAAGGAUGAGUGCCGGCAAGUUCUUCGCUCUGUUGCACUAUCCUUGUGUUUCUCUGUGUACAUUAGAUCCAUAUUUUAUAGUAUAUGUUCAUUUGUACACGUUUGUAUACACAAGCUUUUUAUUUUAUUUUUUAUUGAUCGUUCAUGUUUCCGUGAUUCUUUUAUAUGUGCACGGAGCGAUCGAUGUAGCAAUUUCUUGUGAACCCAUUAGCACAAGAUGUAGAUAUUUGACUAUUUGUGUAUCUUGGGGUAAAUAGGAAUUUAUUGAUCCCUUUUAAAGGGGCCUGGCUUUUAUGUAAUAUAAGUAUAUAUAUAUAUAUAUAUAUAUAUAUAUAUAUAACUAUGUAAGAAAUAUGUCCAGAGCAUUCAGUAACCCCAGAAUUUGCACCUUCCAGAAGUCGCUAGAUGCGUCUCAAUGACUGUUUUGUACAGAUCGAACAUUGUUUUUCGCGAUAGGACAGAUGUAGGGAACCUUUGGCUGGCAAAACAUGCUGGAUUAUUUUUUUUAUUUUUUUUGGGCAACUGGUAAGCCAAUAAUUACCUAUCAUUUUGUAAAGUCUAAUCUAAUAUUUCUCCCUUGUCAUAAAGCAGGAAAGUUUACUGUUGUCUACAACCAACGUAAGAUAUUGUCUAUAGCCACAGACAGAAAAAAAAAUGGAUUCUCCUAUAGAUUUGUCCUUGGUGAUUGCUGUAUCUUUACAAGUUCCAGCAUGAUCUGAUUGAUCAGACAAGCUAGUACUUGUAGUUCCACAAGAGCUGCAGGGUCAGUGGUUGCACAUCUAUACUCAACUAGUUCAAACCAAUUGCCGGAUAACGUCCAGUGAUGCAGGUUUCCAGGAUUGUCUAACAUCUAGGGGGAGAUUUAUCAAAACUGGUGCAAAAGAAAACUGGCUUAGUUGCCCAUAGCUACUAAUCAGAUUGAUUUUUAUUUUCCAUAGGAGCUGAAAAAUUUAAAGGUGGAAUUCGAUUGAUUGCUAUUGGCAACAAAGCCAGGUUUUUUUUUUUCCCACCAGUUUUGAUAAAUCUCCCCCAUAAUAUAUUAAAGGGGUAUUCUCAUUUUAGAUACUUAUGGCAUGUCCACAGGAUUUGCCAUAAAUGUCUGAUAGAAAAAAAUGUCCAGUGACCACCAUUCGCAGAUUUAACGUUCAAUAGAGAGGUCACCCAUCUUGUGUAAAUAAUGGAUAAAUCAGAGUGACAGCUGCAUUGAAUCUGCAAACAGUGUUACCAGGCCCCAUUUCCCCGGUGGGAAACCUCCACUUAUCAUCUAUCUGUGGGUUUUUUAUUUCUUUUUUUAUUAUUAUUAUUCCUUUUUUUUUUUUUUUGUGGCAUAAGUUGUUGGGAUAUUGCAAUUUACUUUUUUGGGACCUUGCCUAGGCAGUAAAAUGUCUUUCAUUCUAACUAGUUUGGAUUUAGCCACAUUUAAAAUAUCAGUAAAAAUGGCUUUAAUUUGAAGGCAAUAAAGACGUAUUAUGAUCAGGUUGGGGAACAGUGUCAAUGAAGCGGAUGUAUCAAUGUAUCUCACCCAUAAAACUACUACAAGGCUGGCUCUAUGUUGUAAGCGCCAGAUGCAGGGCAGCAUACCAUACUGUCAUUUUUGUAGCUGGCCCCAAGUAUAGGGAGUAAUAGAAGUCAUUGUGUCUUUUAUACUUCUUGCCAUGUUCAACAUGCAGUCCAAUCUGAGAAAUCCAGUGGUCAGUCCUACUUAGUGACUGACCGCUAUCUCUGUGGACAUUAUAGUGUAGAUUUGUAUACUGUUCUCUGGUUAAUGGGAUUGUCUAAGUUAUUUAAAAGUUGCCCAAAGCCAAGGAUUAUGGUAAAAAAAGACACGAUAGUCACUAGUUUAAUCGUCAUUACCUCUCCCCCCCCCCCCCCCCCGCCCUGUCUCUGUGACAUAGCCAUAUACCCAAUGAGACCACUGCAGCCAGUCACUGGUGUCAGCGGUCAAGAAUAGAUGUCAUAGUCAUAAGUCACUUUAGCAUCAGUCGUUAUAAAUGUUCCAGACCUUCCUGUGAUAGUAUAUAUGAAUCCGCCUCAUAAUCCUUGCUCUUUGUAACAUCUCUCGUUUCACAGCUAGGCUGCUGGGAGGAGAUCUGAGAGGUUGGGGUGACUGGCAGCUUCUUACAUUGAUUUCUAAGUAAAAAUAACAGCUUUGUCCUCAAAGCUGGCCCAGACGACAGAAUCGUGAAGGUAAUGGACCAGCAGCACCUCUGCUGGUACUUCACCUCUGGUCCGUUCUUCAAAAUAUAUAAAACCAGCCUGUGCAGUGUGAGAUGAAUCACAUGGCUAAAUCUCUGCUGCCUAGAAGAUAGAAUGAGGAACAGGUAGAUUAUACUGAGCUUCCCUGCCUAGUUGGCAGGACUUGGACACUCCGUAUUUUGAUGUAUCAUUGUAUUGUUCCUGGUUGCACAGCAGAGCUUAUUUCUCUUUCUGUUCCACUAUAUCACUUCUUAGAAUACGUAUGAUCUGGUUACUCUCCUCCGUCCAGCAUUAUUGCAUUUUACUGUAGUUGUCCCAGCUACGCUAGGAAGCGUGCACCUUGUAUCUGAUGCUAGGAUGGUAUGAAAAGGCAGUUUGCGAUGGCGCUGUAUAUUCAUGGACUGUUAUUCCUUGCGUCCUCGUUGCGGUAAGUACAUAGGAUUCUGUUAAAUCUGUUGCUGAAGUAAAGGGAAAAUGUAUUUGAUGCUGACUGACCAUACUGUUAGAUUGCGGCCCCAUAUUAUAGUUGGAAGAUGACUGCAGGGAAAGCGACCCUUUUGGUGCAGUUGGACUCACAAUAGCAAUUAUCUAAUAUAAUUUGAGGAAUUGUGAGACCUCCAGACUGCAUCUGCUGAUAGAUCUGAAGGGUAACCCUUGGCUGGUCGUGGCUUAGGGAAUUGCUAUUGAUAUAAUUAUUUACGGUGCUGCAGGAAUAUGAUUAGGAAUACUCUGCCUUGCUGGCUAAUCUAAUGUUUCCUUGAGUAAAGAAAUCUAUAGCACAGGUGAACAAUAUUAAAGGGCGUCCGUCAGCAGAUUUGUAGCUAUGAAACUGGCUGACCUGUUACGUGUGCGCUUGGCAGCUGAAGGCAUCUGUGUUGGUCCCAUGUUCAUAUGUGCCCGCAUUGCUGAGAAAAAUGGUGUUUUAAUAUUUGCAAAUGAGCCUCUAGGAGCAACGGGGGCGUUGCCAUUACACUUAGGAACUCUGUUCUUCCUGCAACUUCUGCUCCCUCUGCACUUUGAUUGACAGGGCCAGGCAAUGUAAAUAUCAUUACGCCUGGCCCUGUCACAUGUAUGUGCUAUACAUUUUCCGUUGGUUUGAUAAUCCUAAUUCUAAAGACGGGACGUGUUUUUUCAUAAAGCACUAAAUUGCCUCUAUUACAUGAAUCAAUGCCCUUGACCUUUGCAAACAGAGAUUCAUGUAACAGAGGAAAGCAGCCACAAGGGAUUAUGGUAAAUUAGUCUCAGUAGGAUGCCACUUUGACUCCUUGACUGCUCCUCUUAAAGGGAGUCUGUGACCUAUGAAGUGUAGUACUACAUGGCACUGACUCCGGAUGACUAAAAUAUAUAUAUAUUUAUGCUCACCCCCAUUCACCCACUGGGCUGCUGCAAACCACUUUUGGAAUACAUUGACAAGACAUUAAGUGCACGCUAUUAAUGAAGACUUUCAAAAUAUUAAUUAGUGAUCUGGAGUCAGUGUCAGGAGUACUGUUUAUGUACUACUGAACAUAAAGGGGUCCGGAAACCGGACAACACAGGGGAUCCACCAGCAGUGAAAAAGUGAUCAUUACCUAGUAGAUACCUUGCUGCUGCUCAGGUUCUCCUGAUCAGGAUCUAUUUACCUGGGUGCAGAGGUGAGACGCGUAAUUGCUGCAGCCAAACACUGGUCUCAGCAGUGCAUCGAAGAUGCCAGUGAUAGGCUGCAGCAGUCAUGUGUUGUCGACGUGACAUCAUUGCUGCAGCCAAGUAAACAGAUCCCAGCCAGGAGAACCAGAGCAGCAGUGCGGCAUCUGCCAGGUACAUAAUGAUCACUUUUUUGUAUUGCAGGACAACCCCUUUAAUAUUGCUUUGGGAAGGUGAUAGACUCCCUUUAACUACUACUCAAAUACAUCCUUUUCUUAAGGGAAAAAGUUCUGGUAUUAGUUAUACGUCAGGGAAGUGAUCAUAAUGCAGCUACAGUAUGUAGCCAUUCAAGUGGAGCCAAAAGUGGAAUUUUACUGUAAGGCCUCAUGCACAUGUCCGUGUGCUGUCCGCAUUUCUUUUUUGCGGACCUAUUGACAUCAAUGGGUCCGUAAUCCAUAUUUUGCGGACAUAUUCUAUCUUUUUGCAGAAAGGACAUACGGAAGCAAAAAGCACAUGGUUGAUCCGUGUGCUUUCUAUAUCCGUAUGUCUGUCUACAAAAUGCAGAACAGCCACGUCCGAUACUUGGCCGCAUAAAAUGCGGAUGCAACACGCACAGUAUCCAUAGUUUGCAGACCACAAAAUAUGCUUGUGUGCAUGAGGCCUAAGCAGGUUAUGCAGCUUCUCUAUUUUACUUUCAACCCCAGCCUGCAGUACCUGGUGAAAUUAUCAGCAGCUCUUUCACGCUUUCUUCCAGCUCCGUGGGUCCCUUGCUCCCUUUAGCGGUUUUCUGUCCCUGCCUUGUAAACUUCUGGACAGACAGACAGUGUCAGGUGCUCCUCUGCAUGACUGGUCUCAGGGGUGAUGUGUCUCCAAGUGGUACAUGACCCAGUAGUGACAUGCUCCUAGACAGGGAACCUAGGCAGAAAAAUAGUAAUGCUGAACAGUGCUGCAGUGGUCAUUGAUGUUAGAACGCCCAUUCUUCCUUGUUUGACAACCGGAAUGGGUGUGUAAACAUCAAGGACACUAAGACUAGUCACUGCUUCCAUACCCAGAUAACUAUUAAAAGUAGUGCAGUGGUGUAAUUAAUGUUUUCUGCUGAACAAGGGCCUGGUUAGAAUCGUAUUCACAAGCGCUGUAACAUUAAUCAGGUCACAAAUCUGGACCUAAAAAAGAUGUGAUGAAAAAAGGUGGCAAUUAAAGAAUGCAAAUGGCAAGCGCGUCAACACCACUGAUGUGUGACCACAGCCUAAGAGUAGUGCACAGGGUCACUGGAAAUAUUAUUGUAUGUGUGCGCGUAUUCAUGCAAACACGUAAGCAGCACUUUUAAAGGAUAUUUUUAGCUUAUAGAAAUAUAGGAAAAUCGCCCCUUAUUGAUUUAUUUUUUAUUAUUGUCUCAAGAUUAUAAUGGAAAUAGAGCAAGUUAAAAAACAUUAAAGUAGCUGAAGCUUGCAAUUGGUGUCAGACAGGAUGGACUGGCUACUGAGGCAACCAUACGACAUCUGAAGCUGUUCCUACAGUCUGAAGCCUCAUUCACAUGUCCGUAUCCUUGCUCAAAUCCGUGAGCAGGUGCAUCCAUGAAGCUGUCUGUGAAGGAUCCGUAUUGGGUCCGUGUGUCUGUUUUUUGCUGUCCGUGUUGCAUCCGUGUUUCACUGACACUGAACAGCUGAAAAAUAAUUUUCAAAGCAUCCGUGGUUUUCACGGACCCAUAGACUAUAAUGGACGUGAUGGAUCCGUGAACACGGACAAAAUAUAGCACGCAUCUGUGCGGAAAACACUGGCACACAGACCGUGCUAAAACACUGAUGUCUGAAUACACACAUUAUAAUGAAUGGGGACGUGUGCUGUCCGUGCAGAACACGUACAGCACACAUCCGUGAAACACUGACGUGUGAAUGAGGCUUUAAAGGUAUAUUCCAGUUACAAGAAACUAUCCCUAUCCACUGGAUGGGGGAUAACUGUUUGAUUGAUGGGGUCUGACUGCAGGAACCCCCAUUAAUACAAGAACGGGAGUCCUCCAUGUGUAUGGAAUGGCUUUCGAGUAUGCACAUUGCCACUCCAAAUCCCAAUUCUGGUUAGUCAUCAACCAGCUACACGGUCAGGUUUGUAUAAUACUGGCUAUUAUAAACUUUUCUAGUAACAUAUAGGUGAGGAAUGGCAUGCUUUGACAGCUGUCAAACUGCUCCAUAGGAGAUGUGAGAAAAGUGUGGGACCCAGCGGUCAUAAGAACAGGGGUCCCAUGUACCCAGUUGUUUCGGUAUCUCCCAUAGAAAUUAAUAGAGUUUGCCUACUGAUCAGCUUCCUUACUCUCUGCUGGACCACUUGUAGCGAUUGUGGAACACAGAACUCCUCUUCUUGUGAUUGAUGAGGGUCCCAUUGAUAGGACACCUACCAAUCAGCCUGCUACCACACGUUAUUUACUUGCACUUAUGGCAAUGACAUAUUAUGUAUUCAGCAUUUAUUUGAAAACGUAUUAUUGUCAGGCUAUAAUACAGUGAUGGGUUCUGAGAACACUUUGGAAGUAAUAGCUAAAGUGCAGGAUGCAGUGACUGCUCAUACCUAUAAUGAUUUUCUGUAAAAUAAUAAAUGUGGCAUUGGUUUCUGGCUUUUUACACACAAAAAAAAAAAAUAUAUAUAUUUCUUUGCAUUUUUAUAGCCUCAAUGGAAACUUUUUUCCCUGGGAUUCCUUGUCAUACGUGUAAAUAUUUUUCAGCGUGUCUUUUGUCGAUUUCUGCAGGAAUAAAAUACAAGACUGUUUCCUCUUGAUCGUUUGAAUAAAACAUCUUUAA